AUGACUCAUAAUGACUAUAAUGAUGCUGUAUCGGUUAACAUUCAGGAGCAUCUAAAACAGUCGACAGAGGUCCUGGAAAAUGUUAUUAAUAAGCACCAAGUUUACAAUUUCCGCUCAAACAAUUCAUCAAUAUCUCAAUCCCCUACAAAAUACCUUGCUAACAUAAUUUCAUAUGCACCACCUAAAACAAAUAUUAACUUUGAGACAAUUUCUCUGCCAAAAAUAAAUAAACCAUCAUUUAAGGAUCAAAAUCAAUAUAAAAGCUUCAGGUCGAAAAAUAACUCACCAACGCCAAGUGACAACCAUUUGCCUUAUAUUCCGUUUUACCCGAAAUUUUGCAAUAAAAUAAUGAAUUUUGUUACUUUUGACAAGAAAAUUAUUAAUUAUAAAACACUGCUUGAAGAGCUUGAAGAAACUAAUAUAUCAACAGGAAAUCUGACAAAUAAAAAUAAAAAACAAGUAAACACUUAUAUUCCGAACAGCAAUUUAUUUAAUAAACUAAACGCUGCUAUUUCAAUGAAAAAUUUGGACUUUGAUCAGCAGAGAAUCAAUACAAGAUCGCUAAGUCCGUAUUUAAAUGAAAAACACAGAUUAAAAAUUAAUAAAAAAUAUGCAAUAAGAAGAAGCAGCAAUUUGACGCCAAUGUUUGGGCUAUCACCUGUAAAUAAGCCAUUUUAA